AAUAAUAAUAAUAAUAAUAAUAAUAAUAAUAAUAAUAAUAAUAAUAAUAAUAAUAAUAAUAAUAAUAAUAAUAAUAAUAAUAAUAAUAAUAAUAAAAAUAAAAAUAAUAAUAAUAAUAAUAAUAAUAAUAAUAGUAAUAAUAAUAAUAAUAAUAAUAAUAAUAAUAAUAAUAAUAAUAAUAAUAAUAAUAAUAAUAAUAAUAAUAAUAAUAAUAAUAAUAAUAAUAAUAAUAAUAAUAAUAAUAAUAAUAAUAAUAAUAAUAAUAAUAAUAAUAAUAAUAAUAAUAAUAAUAAUAAUAAUAAUAAUAAUAAUAAUAAUAAUAAUAAUAAUAAUAAUAAUAAUAAUAAUAAUAAUAAUAAUAAUAAUAAUAAUAAUAAUAAUAAUAAUAAUAAUAAUAAUAAUAAUAAUAAUAAUAAUAAUAAUAAUAAUAAUAAUAAUAAUAAUAAUAAUAAUAAUAAUAAUAAUAAUAAUAAUAAUAAUAAAAAUAAUAAUAAUAAUAAUAAUAAUAAUAAUAAUAAUAAUAAUAAUAAUAAUAAUAAUAAUAAUAAUAAUAAUAAUAAUAAUAAUAAUAAUAAUAAUAAUAAUAAUAAUAAUAAUAAUAAUAAUAAUAAUAAUAAUAAUAAUAAUAAUAAUAAUAAUAAUAAUAAUAAUAAUAAUAAUAAUAAUAAUAAUAAUAAUAAUAAUAAUAAUAAUAAUAAUAAUAAUAAUAAUAAUAAUAAUAAUAAUAAUAAUAAUAAUAAUAAUAAUAAUAAUAAUAAUAAUAAUAAUAAUAAUAAUAAUAAUAAUAAUAAUAAUAAUAAUAAUAAUAAUAAUAAUAAUAAUAAUAAUAAUAAUAAU